AUGAUAAGGAUAGUCCACAGAAUACCAACCGCCAUAGAAAGCAAGAUCCCCGGAAGGAGGAAGGAACUUAGGCACCAAGGCGUGGAUAAUGUUAACACAGAAUCCAUUGAACGCCAUCCCAAGAUUGAACCACAUACCGUUACCAGCACUAAGUGUACGCACCGGCGAGUCGAGGGCUCCGAACAAAUAUCCCGUAAACGCAAGAGUCCAGUAGUACGCCGUCAGAUUGGAGUCACCAAUGCUAGUGGCACACAGCAGCAAAAGCCUCGUGUUAAGCAUGGUGAUGAAGGUGCACAGAACCAUAGAGUACGUCCCAUUAAUGUAAACCCAAUAUUGGGCGUAGUUCUUUUCACAAGUUUGACUCAGGACGGUUGA